AUGCUCGGAAUCGACUACCCAGAUAGUGACGAGGAGGACGUCGUGCCCGCGACUCAUCCAGAGUUGACCAACAUUUCUGCAGCAGUUGCGCCGGCUCCAGAACCUCCUUCCGCUCCCGCGCCUCUCGAACAACCGCCUACCUCCUCAUAUCCAGUGAAUGGUCCUGCUCAAGGCCCCGCUCAAGGCCCAACCGUUUCGCCACCUCCAGAGGAACAUGUCCCCUCGAACGACGCCGCGCCAGGCUCAACGUACGCCAACACACGCGCUCUGAUUCAGAACCUUACCUUACCCACCGUACCCAAUUUCGACAUACCACCUUCUCCGCCGGGAUCACCACCUCAGAGAGCGACGAAGAAGUUUGCGCAGUUCCUCGAGCUUAAAAAGAAGGGGCAACACUUCAAUCAGCGCCUAGAAACCUCGUCAGUGCUACGCGAUCCAGGGCAUAUGCAGAAGUUGAUGGACUUUGCGGGGAUUAGCGAACAAGACUCAUAUACAUCCACACUACCAGAAGAUGUCGCCAUACCGGCAAUCUUUCCAGAGUGGGCCUACGUCGAGGAACUGAAAGCCUCACAGAAGCGGAUUUCGAAGACCAGAGAGCAGGAAAGAUCCAAGGCACCAAGAGAAGCUCUCGACGCGUGGAAGCUCCAGGCAUUCGAGCUGCCCCUCCGGUAUCGACAAGACUUCCUACGGCCUACUUCGAAUCCACGUCUGCACAACUCAACAAUGGCUGCGCUCUACACCGGUGCACCCCCGCAAGGUGGCCCAGGCUAUUCGUUCAACCAGACCCCCAGAACUGUCCCGUCAGGCGAGCGGCAACAUGGUUUCUACCCCUACACCGACAACGGCGGAUCAACACUAGGCAUCUCUGGCGCCGACUUCGCCAUCCUAGCAGGUGACACACGUUCGACAUCCGGCUACAACAUCAACUCACGAUACGCACCCAAGCUCUUUAAGAUUGGCGGCGAAGGGCCAGACAACAAGGGCGCCCGGAUAGUACUGUCUGUAGUCGGCUUCGCCGCAGACGGUGAUGCGUUGAAGGAGCGUCUCGACACCAUUGUCAAGAUGUACAAGUACCAGCACGGAAAGCCCAUGACCGUCUCUGCCUGCGCACAACGACUCAGCCACAUCCUCUACAACAAGCGAUUCUUUCCCUACUACGUACACGCCAUCUUAGCCGGUCUGGACGAGGAGGGCAAGGGGGCGUUGUACUCCUACGACCCGGUCGGCAGCUACGAGAGGGAGCAGUGUAGGGCGGCCGGUGCUGCGGCAUCACUUAUCAUGCCCUUCUUGGACAACCAAGUCAACUUCAAGAACAUGUACGAGCCAGGCAGCGGCACGGGUCACGAACUCAAGUCAAAGCAAGCACAACCGCUACCACGGGACCACGUUGAGGAUCUGGUACGGGACGCCUUUACAAGCGCGGUGGAGAGGCAUAUUGAGGUUGGUGAUGGCCUUCAGAUGAUGAUCAUCACAAAGGAGGGCAUAGCCGAGACCUUCACUCCGCUCAAGCGGGACUAA